AUGCCAAAAGCGAAGUCAAAUACUGCAUAUUAUAAACCAUCACAAGAAGAAAUUCUUGCAACACGAACUGAUACUAUUCCCACAAAUACUAAAAAAUCUAUUGACAAAUGGGUUCAAAUUUUACAAAACUGGCAUCAUACAGUAGGUUAUGAUUAUGGAAUUGAAACCAUUAACAAUAAGGAUCAGUUGAAAACUGAAAUGACAGAAUUUAUAUUGGAAAUACGCCAAAUCAAAAAUUCUGCAGAAUAUGCACCCUCUUCUCUCAUUAAUUGUAUAAACUUGUUAAGUUUAUAUCUUCUUAACCAUCCUAAUGGAAAUCAGCAAUUUACUUUAUCAAAUAAAAAGGAAUUUAGUAGACUUGGUGAAAAAUCAUGUCAAUCAUUUAUGAAAAAUGUUUGUAACAUUGCCGGUAUCGAUAUCAAAAAUCAUAGUAUUACAAAUCAUUCUGGAAGAUCAACUUCUAUAACUGCCUUAUUCAGAAAAGGGGUGCCUAUGAUAACAACAAUGGCAUUAACGGGUCACAAAAGUGAAGCCUCUUAUCGGGUUUAUGCAAGACCUUCUGGAAAAGAAAAAGAGGAUGCAUUAUCAACUUUAAUCAAUCAUAUUAAAUUACCUUUAAAGCAUGAUGAUGAAAAUUUGAGUUCUACGGUAUCUGAAUUAUCAAAAAAAGUAUUAAACGAUUCAGUUAAAAACUGGAAUUCUGUAACAAGACCUUUUCAUGCACCAUUAAAAAACAUUAAUCAGCGUUUAAAUCUCUCACCUUAUAUUAAUGCAAUGAAAUAUAAUCCUACGCUUG